GAGCAGCAGUGCAAUGCUCAAAGAGCACCCCCUGGAAACAGACACCGCUGCCAUUGGUUCCGGAUCAAGGCACCCACCCUCAGAUCGAGAAGAGCAAAGCAAGGCUGAAAAGGGGUCUUGGUUUCUUUGCGAAGCCCAUUAAGGGUCUCUUUACCUUGAAAGAGAGGAGGGAGAAGUUCCUUUGCAAGUUUUGCUGGGUCAAAGGCCUAAGAUGGAGGAGCCAGUCACAAAUUGGCCUGAAGCAGAAAGUGGCCCUGAUGCCUGCAAUGUGACCCUGUUGACCUUCGAUGAGGUUGCUGUGUCUUUUUCCCCGGAAGAGUGGUCCCUGCUGGAUCCCGUCCAGAAAGCCCUACACAAGGAAAUCAUGGCGGAGAUCCAUGAGAUCGUGGUGUCUCUUGCAGAAAACUGGAGGAAAACAUAUGUCUGUGGUCAGUAUGAGAAGCAUUCCCGGCAUAACCUGAAACUUACCAGCCAUCAGCAAGCCCAAGGUACAGAAGAGGAAAGUUAUACCAAAGAGGAGCCUUACGAGUGCAAUGUAUCUGGGAAGUGUCUUCCACAAGAUCCGUCAAUUGUGCCUCGGAAGAGGGUCCAUGCUGAAAAAUUGUUUUUUACAUAUGAGGUUUCCAUGAAUGAUUUUGAUUAUAGACACUACAAUGUGAACCACCAAGAAACCUGCACAAUAAAGAAGCCACACCAGUGCCAGGAGUGUGGCAAAUGUUUUAAUUACAAUUCCCUGCUUAUGGAACAUCUGAAAGUGCACACAGGGGAGAAACCCUAUAAAUGCCAGGAGUGCGGGAAAUGCUUUGCUCGGAAGACAUGGCUUGUGAUCCAUCAGAGGGUGCACACGGGGGAGAAGCCGUACAAGUGCCAGGAGUGUGGAAAAGGUUUCCCUCAGCGUUCAUCUCUUCUAGGACAUCAGAGAGUCCACACGGGAGAGAAACCAUACAAUUGCCAGGAGUGUGGGAAAUGUUUCAGUUACAAGUUGCAUCUCGUGAGGCAUCAGAGAACCCACACAGGCGAAAAACCCUACGAAUGUCAGGAGUGCGGCAAAUGUUUCCUUGUCAAAGCAGACCUUGUAAAGCACCAUCGGAUCCACACAGGAGAGAAACGGCACAAAUGCCAGGAUUGUGGGAAAUGUUUCACUGAGACUUCAGGCCUUUUGAUCCACCAGAGAGUUCACACAGGAGAGAAACCCUACAAAUGCCAGGAUUGUGGGAAAUGUUUCGCUCAGAAAUCACACGUUAUAAGCCACCAGAGAAUCCACACGGGAGAGAAACCGUAUCAAUGCCAGGAGUGUGGGAAAUGUUUUUCUUGGAAUUCAGUCCUUUUGAAGCAUCAGAAAACCCACACAGGGGAGAAACUAUACACAUGUCAACAGUGUGGUAAAUGCUUUUAUCACAAUUCACAACUUAUGCAACAUCAGAGCAACCACGUAGGAAACAAACCAUACAGAUGUGGGAUGUGUGAAAAAUGUUUUGGUCAAAAGGCUGACCUUGUGAAGCACGAGAGGAUACACACCGGAGAGAAACCAUAUAAAUGCCGGGAUUGCGGGAAAUGUUUUGCCCAGAAUGCACACCUUUUACGCCACCAGAGACUUCACACGGGAGAGAAACCAUAUCGGUGCUGUGAGUGUGGGAAAUGUUUUGUUCAAAAAAGAAGCCUUGUGAACCACCAGAAAACCCACCUAGAGGAAACCUAAACAUUUAUUUAUUUAUUUAUUUAUUUAUGACAUUUAUAUGCCGCCCUUCUCACCCUGAAGGGGACUCAGAGUGGCUUACAAGAUAUAUAUGCAUA